CGUUGAACAGUAGCUCGUUGAAUCGGCCCGUGCAAUGGCUGCUGCUCCAACUGCAAUUUCAAUGGUGUCAACACCACCACGGGCCAGUCAGACAGGAAGGGCGCGACCCGGCAUAUCUACGCAGAUCGCGGUCACCUCCCCUGUGCCGAUGUAUCAGUUCGCACCUGUGACGAGUCCGGUGAUUCCCACUUUGCUUGCCCCGCAAGCAUCACCACCUCCUACAAAGUUGAACUCGCCCGUGCGUGACGAGUUGCAGAAGCUUCUCAGCAGAAACAGUCACUUCGAGCCUUCGGAUGACCGCCGCCCUGUACAAGCGCUGCCACGUGCUUCUAAUGUGGUCGCGGCGCAAGUGGCUGCUUUUUCAGAGGAGGCGAAGAUGGUAUCUCGACGGCACAGCAGCAUCUCGCAGGCUCCAGAGCCUUCUCCGCUGAUAUCAACGGUGAGCAACGUGUCUGAGGUCAUGAGUUUUUUACACACGCCACUUUCCUCGAGCGUCAAGGUCAUCAAUGUCAUGGCCCAGGCCCCAGCUGUGGUUCCAGCGUCCAAUUGUCUUCCAAAGGUUCUAUCCAGCCCCAGUGAAGCUGACCCCUUGAUGUGGUCGCAUGGAUUUAACAGCCUGGGAAGCUACAUGGCGGCCAAGGCCAUGGGCAAGUUGCCAGAGUAUUCAGAGGCACUGCCACCGCCCUCCACCAUGCUGACGGGUCCAAGUACCUUCUUCGAUGUGGACCUUGAGAAGGUUGGGCUCUCGCCUUUGCCACUGGUGACUCCAGACACCGAUCUAUCAAAGGAGAUUCCUACCCCGCCGUGUGAACCCGGAUCACUGACGGCAGGUUUGGCGGAUCCGGAGACCGUGGAGAGAUGCCGAGACAGCUACAAUCGUGAGUUGGACCGACAGCUGCAAGAUGCCACCAGGAAAUUGGAACAGGCGAACGCGGAGAAGAAGCAUCGCCUGCGGGAAGAAGCUCGCCGACUUCGGGAGCAAUACAACGCAGAGGUUGAGAAUGAGCUCUUGGAACAAGCGCGCGUUGUGGUGGAGAGAUUUAGUGACAGGAUGGCUGUCCUACAAGAAGAAGCCGAUCGCCAACAUCAGCGUUUGGAAAAAGAGGCUCAAGAACUGAUGAAGGAGUCCCAGCGCUAUUAUCACUUCAAGGCCGAAGCGCGGCGAUUGCUGGGCUCGUCCGCCUCCAUGAUGCCCUCCUUCAUGGGGCGAGGUUUGUCGUCACCUGGCACCGGUUAUGGCGGCUGUGGCGGCUAUGGCGGCUAUGGGCAUUUGCCACGCUGGGACCACGAGGAUCUCCCAGCUUUCCCAACGUUCUCUCAACGGUCACCCAACCUUCAAGACCUGCUGAAUGGAGCAUCCAAUCCUCUCUAUGGCAGCGCCCCCCCACCACCACCACCCCCUCCCAAGCUUCAUGGCCGAGACAUGCCACCUCCUUCCAACACAUCACUGGCACCACCGGCGCCACUGGUGGCCCCAAAGCCCUCUGGGCCAGCUACAGCACCCAUGGCACCACCAAGCCCCGUAGGUCCAACUGCCCAAGCCGUGCCUGUCAUGGCUCCAAUUCGAUGCCAGUCCACUGUCUCAGCCGGGGUAAGUCCAAUGUCGGCAACCAGGUUUCUGCAGACGGUGAAUCGCGGCACACAGGCAGGCAGCCCACCAGGUCCUUCACCCGUGGCCACCUUUCAUGGCGCAAGUGAGUGGACGCCACCUGAAACACCGCGUCCCUGCGCUCCGGUGUGCCCUUCGGCGCCCUUGCACAUGUGUAGCCGGUCACCGCUGGGUGCAUUACAAGUGCCACAAGGCUCAACAAAGGUGUGGCAUCCUGCGCCACGUGGAGUCAGUCAGCAGUUCACGAACGACAUGUUCUAUCCUCAAGGUGAUUUCAUGGGCAACCUGGCGAAUCCAAUCCCGAUUCCUUACAGGACUGGUAUGUCAGAUCUCAGUGAAAAGGUGACUUCGGUGUAAGUCCCUUGGCCAAUGCUGUUCGCUGUUGUCAAGUGCCAAAGCUGUUCGCUGCGUUACGCCCUCACUGAACAUCGCAC